AUGCCGCUCUGUCUCACCUUCAUCGAUUUAAAGAAGGCCUUCGAUUCAGUUGAGACGGAAGCGGUCGUGGAAGCCUUGGACAACCAAGGCGUCCCUACUCAGUACAUAAAGGUACUUCGAGAGUUGUACAGUAACUUCACGACCGGAAUUGCCCCAUUCUGCAAGAAUAUCAUCAUUGACGUGAACAGAGGGGUCCGACAGGGUAACACAAUCUCACCCAAAAUAUUCACAGCCACCCUCGAGAACGCAAUGCGAAAGUUGGAAUGGGACGACAUGGGAGUGAAGGUCGACGGUCGGCAGCUACACCAUUUGCGCUUUGCUGAUGACAUCGUAUUGAUAACACCUAGCAUCAGCCAAGCGGAACGAAUGCUGACCGAAUUCGACGAAACAUGUGGAUGCAUCGGUCUUCAGCUGAAUUUGGACAAGACGAUGUUCAUGCGGAACGGAUGGGUCUCGGAUGCCCCAUUCACGCUCAACGGAACGAACGUAUCCGAAUGCACCAGCUACGUUUAUCUGGGUCGGGAACUGAACAUGAUGAACAACCUGACCCCCGAGCUGGGCAGGAGGAGACGAGCAGCUUGGGGAGCGUAUAAGAGCAUCGAGGAUGUAGUGAAGAAGACCAGGAAUACCCGGCUCCGUGCUCACCUCUCCAACACCACCGUACUUCCUGCUUUCACCUAUGCUUCGGAAACCUGGGCAUUUCGCAAGCAGGAAGAAAACGCGGUGAGCGUCAUUGAACGCGCAAUUGAGAGAGUGAUGCUAGGAGUAUCCCGUUUCACACAAGUGAGGGACGGGAUUCGAAGUUCUCUCCUACGUCAACGAUCGAAGAUUAGAGACGUCGCCGCGUUUGCCAAGGAAAGUAAAGUAAGGUGGGCCGGACACGUGACGCGCUUUAAUGACAACCGUUGGACCAGAGCCGUGAGAGACUGGGUUCCCCACGAUAUUAAGCGCACUACAGGAAGACCGCCGACCCCAUGGUCAGAUUUCUUCACGAAGUCCUUCAAAGAAAAAUAUGGUGCUCUUCAUGUCCCACGCGAAAGGAGGAACCACUGGGCUACUCUGGCACGCGAUCGGGACAAAUGGAAGAAUUAUUGGCGCCCGCUCGACCAGUUCGAAGAUCAACGGGAGUCAAGGUGA